UUUUGCUUCAGGAACAAAGGACGAGUCGAACAUGUUGGCCAAGACUGUCGCAGCACGCGUGGGCAAGGUGGCGCCAGCGUCGAGUCUCCUCCUCGUGUGUGACAUCCAAGAGAUCUUCCGCACGCGCAUCUACGAGAUGCCCUCCGUCAUUCAUGCAUCCAACACCCUGGUGCAAGCCGCCAAGACGCUGCAGAUCCCCACGGUUGUCACGACUCAGUACGCGGCUCGGUUUGGCCCGACGGUGCCGGAACUUGAGUUUGGCCCGGACGUCAAAACCUUCGACAAGACGCGCUUCUCCAUGCUCACCGACGAUGUUCGCGCCGAAUUGGACGCCACCAAGCCGACGUCGAUCAUUCUAUGCGGCAUCGAAGCGCAUGUGUGUGUGCUGCAGACAUGUCUGGACCUCCUCGAACAAGGAUACGACGUCCACGUGCCGGUCGACGCGGUCAGCAGCAGCACGUCACUCCUUCGGUCCACGGCCUUGACCCGCCUCCAGCAGUCGGGGGUGUACUUGACGAGCGUCGAGAGCAUCGUGUUUCAACUGGUGCGGGACUCCAAGCACCCCGACUUCCGCGCCAUCUCGAGCCUCAUCAAGCAACAUGGCGCCAUCCCCUCGGGAUUCCAUCACGAUUUUUGAUCGUCUGGAUACACGGAAGCCUCUUAAGCAUUCCUCUUCAAGUCUCAAUCUGUCCUUCCUCAAACUGACGUAGUAGAAACCUUCUCAUCUAUUGCAACGCCAGAACGCAAUGACGACAGUGAUGUUGGUUCACA